AUGGAUCUGCAACAAUGGCUGGGAGUGGCCAUCUUUGUCCGGCUUGAUUGUCGGCGCAGAGGAACACUCCGGCAAGCUCGAUGGAUGACUCUCCCCAUUGGCAAUCCGGAAGCCUCGGCUGACGUCCCGGAUGUCAACAAUAUGGCGCAAUGUCUCCAAAGUAUCAAUGGUCGGUACCCGGGUACCGCCCGUUUUUUUGCCCAAAAACCGGCACCCGGCACCGCACCUGGCACCGCUUGGCGGGUGCGGGGCGGGUGCGGGCAGUACCUGCCGAGCGGUGCUAGGUACCUAGCGGCGGGUACCGAGGAACGAUCUCUAAUCUAUGGCUUGGAUGACUUCUUUCAUGUGGUGUACACAAACUUCCUCAAUACUCAACGAGAAGCUGAUGUCGAGGGUCAACAGGACAGAGCCAAGAGGAGGAGGGCUGGCAGAGUCGUCUUCAGAUUUCCAGAUUUCCUGCGGCGGGAAGGGUUCACCCAGAGUCUAUUUUCCGAGGAUGUCCAGGAAACGCUCUCAUUGAAUACCUGCCCAAUCCUGAAGGAUUCUCCACCAAAAACAAGUAUGACAAGAACAACAAUGAGGAUGGGGAAGCAGAGACACAAGGAGAGGAGCAAGCAACAAGGCUUGCUUGAAAAUUCACCGAUCCUCCUGAGCCUGGCCAUCAAUUUCAAGGGCUGGCCCAAGGUCUACGCUGGGUUGAUCAAGAUGAUGAAGGGCAAGAUCUUUGCCCAGUUCCUGGCCAUGCAGUAUAUUUCUCCAGCAGGGUAG